ACAACAUCGCCGCCAUGUCGAAAACAGUCUCCAUCAGCUCGCCCUCCCAGUUCUCAUCGCUCCUUUCCUCCUCACGCAUCGUAGUCGCCGAUUUCUACGCAGACUGGUGUGGACCAUGCAAAGCAAUCGCUCCCGUCUACGAAGCCUUGAGCGCGCAGCUCUCACGCCCUGGCCAGAUCACAUUCACCAAGAUCAACACGGAUGAGCAGAAAGAUAUAGCACAAACAUACAACAUUUCGGCGAUGCCCACAUUCCUCAUCUUCAAGGCUGGACGGGAAACGAAGCGUAUUCGGGGUGCAGACCCAAAGGGACUGGAUGCUGCGGUGAAGCAAUUGGCUGAAGAGGCUGGCAAGGCGGACGAAGGUGGAGCAGACUUUGGCGAGGGUAGCAGUGGCUCGGCAGGUGGACUGUGGACAGGUGCAGGUGCACCAAGAGGAUACGGUGAGGUGACAGACCAGGUGGAGAUACGAGGACUGGACUUUCUCAACCUGGACGGCGAGAAGGGCGAUAAGCGGGCAGUAUUUGCGCCAGAGAAGCCGUCGUCGAUCAACGGGAAGGCUGCGGCAGGGAAGAACGAUUGGAUCGAGAGCGAUACAGACGAGCAGUUGAUGCUGUACAUCCCAUUCCAAAGCACACUGAAGCUUCACUCCAUCCACAUCACCAGCGUACCGCAGCCAGACAACGACGACGUGGACCGGCCGAAGACGAUUCAAUUCUAUACCAACCGCAGCCACGUGCUCGGUUUCGACGAAGCCGAAGACACGCCAGCCACACAGACCUUGGAGAUCGCUGAGAAGGACUGGGAUGCGAAGACACACACUGCGAAGAUUGAGCUGCGGUUCGUCAAGUUCCAGAACAUCAGCAGCUUGACCAUCUUCGUGGUCGAUGGUGAUGGAGAUGGAGAGAAGACACGAAUCGACCGCGUUCGUCUAUUCGGCGAGAGCGGCGAGAAGCGAGCGAUGGGCAAGCUCGAGAAGGUCGGUGAUGAGCAAUAAGGGAGACGAUGAUGACCGUAAUGAGAUAAUGUCAUUGGAAGAGGGACUGCAUGGAGCGAUCUGGGUCCGGUCGGUGGAGGGACGGAAAAGUUGCAUUUGGCGGCACAUGGGUCGCUGUCGCCAAGGGCGGCAUACAGGGAGGGCAGACGCAGAGCUCAUAGAGACAUCAUAUCAUCACGAUGCAACGCAG